AUGGGUUCCGUCGAUACUCCCGUCCGCAAGCGAUGGCCGAAUCCACCGCUUCAAGACAGUAUUUUCAAAAUGUUUGAUAUGCAUGGGAAAGUCACCAUCAUCACGGGGGGAUCAGGUGGCAUUGGCUAUGAAGUGGCCAGAGGUCUGGCCGAGGCUGGCUCAGAUAUUGCUUUGUGGUACUAUAAGUCACCCAAUGCUCUGAAACUCGCAGCCACCAUCGAGAAAGAUUUGGGUGUCAAGUGUAAGGCCUAUCAGUGUGAUGUCUCAGAGUAUGAUCAGGUGUCGAGCACUGUUCAUGCAGUGAUAGAAGAUUUCGGCCGAUUAGAUGUCAUGAUCGCCAACGCGGGUAUCCCGUCAAAGGCCGGAGGGUUGGACGACAAGCUUGAAGAUUGGCAUCGAGUGGUGAAUGUGGAUUACAAUGGCGCUUACUAUUGCGCUCGCGUUGCUGGCGAGGUCUUCCGAGAGCAAGGGUCGGGAAAUCUGAUUUUCACGGCAUCAAUGAGCGGCCAUGCCGCCAAUGUGCCUCAACAACAGGCCUGCUACAAUGCGUGCAAGGCAGGAGUGAUACAUCUCGCCAAAUCGCUGGCAGUGGAAUGGGCUGGGUUCGCGCGGGUUAACUGUGUCAGCCCCGGAUAUAUCGACACGGCAAUUUCUGGAGAUUGUCCAUUUGAGAUGAAAGAAGCUUGGUUCGAACUAACACCGAUGAAGCGCGAUGCCGACCCAAGGGAAUUGAAGGGAGUCUACUUGUACCUCGCCUCAGAUGCCAGCACAUACACCACGGGUGCCGACAUUGUAGUAGAUGGUGGCUAUACUUGCCGAUGA